AAGUAAUUAUAAAAAAUGUGUGAUAGUGACGAUCCAGGUGAUGGCCGAUCUGGCAUGGAUUUGACUGGGUUUCUGUUUGGUAAUAUUGAUGAACGAGGACAAUUAGAAGACGAUGGACUUCUCGAUGGAGACUCGAAGAAAAUGCUGUCGUCGCUCACUCGCUUUGGGUUUGGGUCGAUGCUUUCGGAAGUUUUGGAUCAAGAAGAAGUCAGCAAAGAAGAUCAAGAAAAAGAUUAUACUCAGAAGAGUCCGUCAGCUGUAGACUUUUUUGAUAUUGACGAUGCUGUUGAUGAUGUCAAGGAACUAGAGAGUAGUGCUAACAAUGCACAGAAAGACACAACAAACACAGAGGCACAGGGAACAAAGGGUGAUAAGCUCGAGUCCGUUGUUGAUAGCAAUUUUCCACAGAGUGAGGCUAAAGAAGAUGGCAACUGGAAAGAGGAUGAUAUCUUUCAGUCUGGUCAAGCAACCAAUGAUGAAGGGUACGAAGGUGAUAUGGAAGGGGAUGGCGAACUCAUGCCCCCUCCGUCUACUAUACCGUCACAUAAAUCAUCUUCGGAAAGACCAAAAAGAUUGGAAACACCAUUAGCUGCUAUGUUGCCUUCAAAAUAUGCUAAUGUUGAUGUGAGAGAGCUGUUUCCAGACUUUAGACCUGAUAAAGUUUUAUUAUUCUCUCGCCUCUUUGGGCCGGGCAAGCUGUCGAGUUUGCCGCAAAUAUGGCGCGGAGUUAAGAAGCGUAGACGGCGCAAGCGCAGUGGCAGCACCAGUAGUGACACUCCACCAACACCUGUUGAAAAUCAGGAAGUUCAAUAUGCUAGUGAUGAUGAAGACAAAUUACUCAAGCCAAUGGAAGAAAACCAGCAAACGAACACAGAUAACAACUCAAACAAUUCAAACGACAAGUCGCAAAGGCCGACUCCUGCGCAUUGGCGGUUCGGGCCUGCGCAGAUGUGGUACGACAUGCUGAAUGUGCCCGAAACUGGUGACGGAUUUGACUAUGGGUUUAAAAUAAAGGCACCAUCACCAGAAAGAGAAGAUAAACCGAAAGAAGUUGAGGAAGAAAAACCAGAAGAGAAAAAAGAAGCAGAGGAUUCGGACAGUGGUUUUCCGGACGAUGCAUUUCUUAUGGUGUCGCAGUUGCAGUGGGAGGAUGACGUCAUUUGGGAUGGAAGCGAGAUCAAGCAUAAGGUGCUAGCUCGUCUGAACAGCAAGAGUAACGCGGCAGGCUGGGUACCGACGUCGGUGAGUAGGACUGCUCAGCAGUUCUCUCAUCCGCGCCCGCAACCUCCUGCCCCGUUGCAGCCUAAACCACCCACAGCAACAGCAACGAGUAAAGACGCAACAGGCAACUCGGCAGACGGUGAAGACAACACGUGGUACAGUAUCUUCCCCGUGGAGAAUGAGGAGUUGGUAUACGGCACAUGGGAAGACGAAGUUAUAUGGGACGCUGAGAACAUGCCUGUCGUACCGAAACCUAAGAUUCUGACCUUGGAUCCUAAUGACGAGAACAUUAUUCUCGGAAUACCUGAUGAUGUCGAUCCUUCGAAGAUUACAAGAGAGAGAGGUCCACAACCCAAAGUGAAGAUCCCACACCCACACGUGAAGAAAUCAAAGAUCUUGCUGGGCAAGGCUGGAGUGAUCAAUGUAUUACAAGAAGAUGCCCCACCACCUCCACCAAAGUCACCCGAUAGAGAUCCUUUCAAUAUCUCUAAUGAUGUGUUUUACAUGGCCAAAUCUCAGAACCCGCGUCUCAAGGUGGGUGGCGGGCAAUUGAUUCAACACAGUACUCCUGUGGUUGAGCUCAGGGCCCCCUUUAUACAGACCCACAUGGGGCCGGCCCGCCUGCGUGCCUUCCACCGGCCUCCCAUGAGGAAGCUCUCCUACGGGCCCUUGGCUGCUCCUGGGCCCCAUCCUGUGCAGCCUCUGCUUAAACAUAUCAAGAAGAAGGCUAAGCAACGCGAAGCCGAGAGGUUAGCGUCAGGCGGUGGUGAUGUUUUCUUUAUGCGAACUCCAGAAGACCUCAGUGGAAGGGACGGUGAGCUUGUACUGGUAGAGUUCUGCGAAGAACAUCCUCCUCUCAUCAGCCAAGUCGGCAUGUGUUCCAAGAUCAAGAAUUACUACAAACGUACUGCUGCUAAGGAUGAAGGUCCAAAACCAUUGAAGUAUGGUGAAGUCGCCUACGCUCAUACGUCGCCUUUCCUCGGGAUCUUGCCGCCGGGCGCGACGCAACCUGUGGUGGAAAAUAAUAUGUAUAGAGCUCCAAUUUACGAACAUACUUUGCAUCCUACUGACUUCUUAAUUAUAAGGACUAGACAAUCUUACUACAUCCGUGAAGUGGAUGCGUUGUUCGUUGCUGGACAACAGUGCCCUCUGUACGAAGUGCCCGGCCCUAACUCCAAGAGGGCCAACAAUUUUGUACGAGACUUCUUGCAGGUCUUUAUAUACCGAUUAUUCUGGAAAUCUCGCGACAAGCCGCGUCGUAUCAAGAUGGAUGACAUUAAAAGAGCUUUCCCAUCACAUUCUGAGAGCUCCAUUCGUAAACGUCUCAAGUUGUGCGCAGAUUUCAAACGUACCGGAUUGGAUUCUAAUUGGUGGGUGAUUAAGCCAGAUUUUCGUCUGCCGUCUGAAGAAGAAAUCCGCGCAAUGGUGUCCCCGGAGCAAUGCUGUGCGUACUUCAGUAUGGCGGCCGCGGAACAGAGGCUCAAAGACGCUGGCUACGGAGAGAAGUUUAUAUUCACUCCCCAGGAAGAUGAUGAUGAAGAAAUGCAGUUGAAGAUGGAUGAUGAGGUUAAAGUAGCGCCAUGGAACACGACGCGCGCCUACAUCCAAGCGAUGCGUGGCAAAUGUUUGCUCCAACUGACUGGGCCGGCUGACCCAACAGGCUGUGGAGAAGGGUUCUCCUACGUACGCGUCCCCAAUAAGCCAACACAACAGCCCAAUGAGGAACAACAACCCAAGCGAACUGUCACCGGUACUGACGCCGAUUUGAGAAGACUGAGUUUGAAUAAUGCUAAAGCAUUGCUAAGGAAGUUCGGAGUACCUGAAGAAGAGAUCAAAAAAUUGUCUAGGUGGGAAGUUAUUGACGUGGUGAGAACAUUAUCGACUGAGAAAGCUAAGGCUGGCGAAGAAGGUAUGACUAAAUUCUCCAGAGGAAACAGAUUCUCCAUUGCAGAACAUCAAGAAAGAUACAAAGAAGAAUGCCAGCGUAUAUUUGAACUUCAGAACCGUGUAUUAACAAGCACAGAAGUGCUAAGUACGGACGAAGCAGAAAGUUCUGUCAGUGAAGAAUCAGAUUUAGAAGAAAUGGGUAAGAACUUGGAGAAUAUGCUCGCUAACAAGAAGACUACGGAACAACUUUCAUUAGAAAGGGAGGAAGCAGAGAGAGCUGAAUUACGGAAAAUGAUUCUUGGCCAGUCUGAAAAGAAGCCUCAGAUUAAUCAAAGCGAUCAACAACAGUCAUCGAGUCAAGCUGGUCGUGUACUCCGCAUAGUCCGUACAUUCCGCAAUGCGUCAGGACAAAGGUACACGCGCGUGGAACUAGUUCGCAAGGCUGCCGUCAUUGAAGCGUAUAUGAAGAUACGUUCCACCAAAGACGACGCGUUCAUACGUCAGUUUGCAACUAUGGACGAAUCCCAAAAAGAAGAAAUGAAGAGAGAAAAGAGAAGAAUUCAGGAACAACUUAGGCGUAUCAAGAGGAAUCAAGAACGAGAACGACUCGCUGGAAAUGUAACCGUUCCAGGGCCGUUCCCAGACAAUUCCAUGCUCUCGUCAUCAAUGGAUAUGAAUUCACCGUCGCCUUUGAUUCCACUGGGACAAAUCAAGCAAGAACCAGAUGUCCAUACGCCAUCAUCAUCUUCUUCGCGGCGUCGUGCAAAGUUGAAACCGGACCUCAAGUUAAAGUGCGGUGCAUGCGGUCAAGUGGGUCAUAUGCGUACAAACAAGGCGUGCCCCUUAUAUACGGGAUCCAUGGGAGGACCCGUGUCACCGCCCGAGGCUGACGUGGAACCUCCGCCUUUGGAACCCGACGACGAUGAUAUGGGAUACGUUGACGGCACCAAAUUGACACUGCCAACUAAAAUUAUUAAGCAAUCAGCAGAAGAGUUGAAGCGUCGUGGGUCGGGGCGGCGUUCAGGGGGCGCUGGUGGCAGUGGCGGGGCGGAGGGUCGCGGGGCGGGGCGGCGGGCGCGGCGCGGGGCUGCGGGCGAGGCCUGCGACUACCUGGUGCGGCGCCCCGCCGAGCGACGCCGCACGGACCCACUCGUCACGCUGUCUUCACUGCUCGAGGAUGUACUCAACCACAUGCGACAUCUGCCCGAUGUGCAGCCCUUCUUGUUCCCUGUUAAUCCUAAGCUGGUAGCAGAUUACUAUCGGAUAGUAUCUCGCCCGAUGGACCUACAAACUAUCAGAGAUAAUUUAAGACAAAAACACUAUCAAAGCAGAGAGGAAUUCCUGGCUGAUGUCAACCAGAUAGUCGAGAACUCGACUCUUUACAACGGUACUAACGGACCGACAAGCAGUCUGACGGUAGCCGCGCAACGGAUGUUGCAGCGAUGCGUCGAGAAGUUAGCCGAGAAAGAAGAACAGUUGAUGAAAUUGGAGAAACAAAUCAAUCCUUUGCUUGAUGAUAAUGAUCAGGUGGCGUUAUCAUUUAUAUUAGAAAACUUAUUGACAACUAAAUUGAAAAUAAUGCCUGAGGCGUGGCCAUUCCUGAAGCCGGUCAACAAGAAACAAGUGAAGGAUUACUACAACGUUAUCAAGAAACCCAUUGACUUGGAGACCAUGGGCAAGAAGAUACAAGCUCACAAGUACCACAGUCGCAACGACUUUUUGCGCGACAUUCAGUUGCUGGUAGACAACUGUCGCGCGUACAAUGGACCAAACUCACAGUUCACGCGGCAGGCCGAAAUCAUACUCAAGGUCACACAGGAAGCUCUCGAUCAGUUUGGCGAGCACGUAAGUCAACUAGAAGCGAACAUAUCCCGCGUGCAACAAAAGAUGUUAGAAGAGGCAGAUCACUCUGAUUUGGACGUGGAGGACCCCGUCCCUCCGCCGUCCGAUGAGAAACGAGGUCGUGGACGACCCAGAAAACAUAAACCUUCCACUUCUACUUCUGCGGCUGAUGGUGCAACACCAAGGAAGCGAGGAAGGCCGAGGAAGGACCAGAACUCUUUGGAGGAAGAUCUCCAGUACAGUGACAGUGGCAGUUCAGAGCUGGAAGAAGUUGAGCAGAAAGUGGCUGCGGAGGCUAUGGUACAGCUCGCUGUCCGACCACCUUACCAGGACGAUGACCCGCCUUUAGGCGAGCCCAGCUUCGACACAUCAGAGUUCCUAAUAAAGCGCGAAGUACCGGACGAGCCGCCGCAGCCUUCCGACGAUUUCGUGGACCUAGACCAGCAUAGCACUGACUACUCGUUCCCGCCAGUUGUCAAGGAGGAACCAAUGGAACCAGAUAUGGGCAUGGAUCAGCAGAUGAUGGGAGGCACAGGGCUGGAACCACCUCCGCAAUUCAAGGAAGAACCGCCAGAAAACUGGCAGCCCGACCCCGCUAUUCAAGACGAUCUUCAAGUAACGGACAGUGAGGAAGAACCAGAAGAUGGGCUGUGGUUUUAAACUAAAUAAUUUAUUUGUCUAUGGUCUGAUUUUUCAAUGGUUAGACAAAGUUACCUGGGGAAUAAUUAUGAUGCUGUCGCGUCAGAAUGUUUGUACAAGGCAGUGAUGGCAACAAUUUUAUUCCUCAGAUAGCAUUUAUCUGACUAUUAAAAGAUUGGUGCUUAAGUAAAUUUGCAAUAAAUAUUGGGAUGUUAUACUGCAACUUUUUAACAGACUGCGGAAUAUAGGGUGUUAAAAAUUACUUAUGUACAGGUGGCUACAAGUCAAGCUGUACGAUAUUCUUACCAUUGAGUGUACGGUUGGCGCUUUGGCUGACCAUCGGCUGCCGUGCAAUGUGUAGCGAGCUCGAUUACCACGCGAAACCACUUAAGUAAUCCGCACAUUGUUGUUUCUUGUAUGUAAAAUUGUAUGUUUGUAAACGCACGUAAGAACUAGCGUUACAAAAAACAGCGUCUUGCUUUGUACGGUCUUACCAAACAUUCAAGGGUCUGUUUAUACUGGUUUUCGAUAGCUUGUAUUUGGGUGCUAACUCGAGAUUUUAAACUGACAUGUUUUUAUUAGACACUGAACAAUUUCUUCCUUAAAAAAUAAUAAAAAUCUUUUCCGUUAUAUCAACCAUCUAUAAUUUAGUACCGGGCUAACCGCGUGAAGUUAUAGAAGAUAUCUUUUGUUGUUCCGGGUCUUGGUGUCAUGUGCAUACCUAUGUAAAUGUAUGUUUGUAAACGCAACCACGUCACAGGAGAAAAUCCUAGUGUAAGGCAACGUUUAAAAAAAUAUAUAUGCCUCGUGAUGAACUUCAAAAUGACUAUAAUUGUUGUAUUAUUUUUCUUCUACAUAUUUUUAACACCCAAUAGUUUAUAUGGACAAAUAUUUGUUAUGAACUAAUAGCGAGUAAGAUAAAUAAACAUUAUCAUGAUUAAGUUUAAUAAAAAUUGUUAUAUCAAAUAUUUUUUGUAUAGGAAUAAAUAAUUUUAAAGUGUA